GUUGGGCCAGAAGUAUUGGAGGCUCAGGCACUCAGCUCCCAGCCCUCCACCUCACCAUGGCCGCAAAGGUAGACCGUAGCCCCGGGGGGGUCCCCAGCAGUGGCUCCAACCUGGGUGCCACCCGAGAGCACGUGCAGGCGGUCACCCGAAACUACAUCACCCACCCCCGCGUCACCUACAGGACCGUGUGCAGCGUCAAUGGGCCCCUGGUGGUGCUGGACCAGGUCAAGUUUGCCCAGUAUGCUGAGAUCGUCAACUUCACCCUCCCCAAUGGGACUCAGAGGAGUGGGCAAGUGCUUGAGGUGGCUGGGACCAAGGCAAUUGUUCAGGUGUUUGAAGGGACCUCUGGGAUCGAUGCCCAGAAGACCACCUGCGAAUUCACAGGGGACAUCCUACGGACUCCAGUGUCGGAGGACAUGCUGGGUCGGGUUUUCAAUGGCUCUGGCAAACCCAUUGACAAGGGGCCAGUGGUCAUGGCAGAGGACUUCCUGGAUAUCAAUGGCCAGCCCAUCAACCCCCACGACCGCAUCUACCCAGAGGAGAUGAUUCAGACGGGCAUCUCGCCCAUUGACGUCAUGAACAGCAUUGCCCGUGGCCAGAAGAUCCCCAUCUUCUCAGCAGCUGGGCUCCCCCACAAUGAGAUCGCCGCCCAGAUCUGCCGCCAGGCUGGGCUGGUGAAGAAGUCCAAGGCCGUGCUGGAUUAUCACAAUGACAACUUUGCCAUCGUCUUUGCAGCCAUGGGGGUGAACAUGGAGACAGCCAGGUUCUUCAAGUCCGACUUCGAGCAGAACGGUACCAUGGGAAAUGUCUGCCUCUUCCUGAACUUGGCCAACGACCCCACGAUCGAGCGGAUCAUCACCCCGCGCCUGGCACUGACCACGGCUGAAUUCCUUGCCUACCAGUGUGAGAAGCACGUGCUGGUCAUACUGACGGACAUGAGUUCCUACGCAGAGGCCUUGCGGGAGGUCUCAGCUGCCAGAGAGGAGGUGCCCGGGCGCCGAGGCUUCCCUGGGUACAUGUACACAGACCUGGCCACCAUCUACGAGCGGGCAGGCCGCGUGGAGGGCCGGGGCGGGUCCAUCACUCAGGUCCCCAUCCUCACCAUGCCUAACGACGACAUCACCCACCCGAUUCCAGACCUGACGGGCUUCAUCACAGAGGGACAGAUCUAUGUGGACAGACAGCUUCAUAACAAACAGAUCUACCCCCCCAUCAACGUCCUCCCUUCCCUCUCUCGGCUGAUGAAGUCUGCCAUUGGGGAGGGCAUGACGAGAAAGGACCAUGGAGAUGUCUCCAACCAGCUGUAUGCCUGCUACGCCAUCGGGAAGGACGUGCAGGCCAUGAAGGCAGUGGUGGGGGAGGAGGCGCUCUCUUCCGAGGACCUGCUCUACCUGGAAUUCCUGCAGAAAUUUGAGAAGAACUUCAUCAACCAAGGUCCCUAUGAGAAACGCUCGGUGUUCGAGUCUUUGGACCUGGGGUGGAAGCUGUUGCGCAUCUUCCCCAAGGAGAUGCUGAAGCGCAUCCCGCAGAACAUUAUCGAAGAAUUCUACUCCCGCGAGGGGGCGCCGCUGGACCCCGAGCCCGACACGGCGCUUUAGCCCCGCGGGAAGCCUGGCCCCCCGGAGCCGGGUCCUGGCACCGCCCUCGCCGGGCGCCCGAUCUACACACCCCGCCCCAUCCUCUUGGUCCGCACACCUUAAGCCAUUGCUCCGUGCCCACCCUCAGUCCCCCAUGGGUUAUGGGGGGGCUCCUACGCUCCAGUCCUCUCCCUGGAUUCCCCGACAAGGGAAGCAGAGGUGGUUAAGCCUAUAUUCUCUGUCUUGUUCUGAUAGGAUCAUUUGUGUUUUAAAAGUACCACCGCCCUCUCCCAAGAAUUUAUCUCAUGUAAAUACAAGAUUGGCAAAACAAUGAUAAUUGUUGGAGCUGUGGAGGUACAUGAGGUUCAUUAAACUAUUCUCUCCACCU